UCUUUUAGUCUCCUUGUUAGUCAGAAUUGGUCAAAAUUCAUAGCAAAUUGAUGUGAAGUUCGGCAUGCAUCAAGGCUUAAGUUCUUGAAUGUCUAAGCUGGAGAUAUUGGAAUUCGAAACCAAGAAAGCUUUUACAAAAGUUUCUAGUGUGCACAUGUUUCAUUAGUUCUCUCUUGAAAUUAUAGAGACCAUUUGUGGGUUCCAACAUGUAAAGGAAAUCUGAAAAGGAAGAAGGCCUGAAGUUCAGUAUAUAACCCCAUUUCUAGUACAAUCAACAAAAGCAAACGGCCUGUGGAAUUGGCCUUGCUCUGUCUUAACAAAGACAAAUGGAUGAACUAAAGGUUGCAGGUGUCACAAGUGAAUUAAAAUACUAUGAUCCCUCUGAGAUACCAGCUAAUGAGAUGCUUGGAAAGUGCCUUCUUGACAUCAAAAGCACUUCCUUUUAUGUGAGUUAUGUUGGAAAUGCAAUGCAAAACCCGCUACAAACACUGAAGUAGUUAAUCUACCACCAGUUUUAAUGCUGGAUGCGUUUAGCUCCUGCCCACUACCUGAACAUCUUAUUUGGCAUCAGUAACCCUACAUUAGUAAACAUAUAUCAUCAGCAUCAUUGAGUGCCUCUGAUCACUUGCAUUACUUUUUUUAGAGUAAUUGCUUGCAUUAUUAGUUGUGAACUUAUUUCUUAUUGAUGUACACAACUUUCUAAGGCUUAUAAGUAGUCCUAAUUCUCCUCUUCUGCUACAUCAGACUACCACACAAUAUGCAUCCUUCCAUUCACAUAUGUACCAUUCUUCUUUGCAUCAUAUCCAGCUUGUUCCAUUCCCAUGCAGAAGAUAGCAAACCCCAGACCAUGGGCAGUGUGGUUCUUGGUCUUUGCCAUGUUAGAUCUCUAUUUACUCCAUCCAUGGGGAUACUAAACUCCACAAAAAAUGACUUCUUGGACAUCAUAGAACCAGUAACAGCAUACACAGAUGGCUACUUGCUGUCCUUAAACCUUGGCACACCCCCACAGGUCUUCCAAGUGUACUUGGACACAGGGAGUGACCUCACUUGGGUCCCCUGUGGCACCAGCAGCUAUGAGUGCAUGGAGUGUGGCAAUGAGCAUGGCACCUCUAAGCCAACUCCAACCUUCUCCCCAUCCCAGUCCUCUUCAAACACAAGGGACCUCUGCGGCAGCCGCUUCUGCGUCGACAUCCACAGUUCCGACAACAGGUACGACCCUUGCGCAGCAGCGGGGUGCUCCAUCCCUGCCUUCACAAGCGGUUUGUGCCCUAGAGCUUGCCCUUCCUUCUCCUACACUUAUGGUGGUGGAGCACUAGUCAUGGGUUCCCUUGCAAGAGAUGUUGUAACACUCCAUGGAAGCAUGGAUGGCACUGGUCCUGUCCCAGUGGAGUUCCCUGGCUUCUGCUUUGGCUGUGUGGGCAGCUCCAUCAGGGAGCCGAUUGGCAUUGCCGGGUUCGGCAAGGGCACGCUUUCCUUGCCAUCCCAGCUAGGGUUCCUGGGCAAGGGCUUCUCCCAUUGCUUCCUCGGUUUUCGGUUCGCAAGGAACCCUAACAUCACCAGCCCUCUGGUGAUGGGUGAUCUCGCGCUGUCGGCGACGGACGGCUUCCUCUUCACCCCGAUGCUGAAGAGCAUCACGUACCCAAAUUUCUACUACAUUGGCCUGGAGGGUGUUAGCCUAGGAGAUGAUGGCGCGGCCGCCAUGGCCGCUGCUCCUCCCAGCUUGAUCGGCAUUGAUCCCGAAGGCAAUGGUGGGGUGAUCGUCGACACCGGGACGACAUACACUCACCUCCCGGGUCCAUUCUACGCGUCGAUCAUGUCAUCCCUCAGCUCGAUCGUGCCGUAUGACAGGUCAUACGACCUUGAGACGAGGACGGGGUUUGAUCUCUGCUUCAAGAUCCCGUGCCCGCACGCUCCGUGCACGGAGGACGAGCUGCCGCCGAUAAGCCUCCACUUCCUCGGCGACGUCAAGCUCACGCUGCCCAAGCAAAGCUGCUACUACGCGGUGACCGCGCCCAAGGACUCGGUGGUGGUGAAGUGCUUGCUGUUCCAGAGGAUGGACGACGGCGACGGCAACACGAGUGGGCCAGGAGCAGUUCUUGGGAGCUUCCAGAUGCAGAACUUGGAAGUCGUCUAUGAUCUGGAGAUGGGGAGGGUCGGGUUCCAGCCAAGGGAUUGUGCCCUUCACGCCUAG